AUGAAUCGCGAAAUUAGCAUGCCCGGAGCGCACCAUUCAAACCAGAUAGGAGAGCUUGUGGCAGUACUAAUAGCACUGCAAACCGCAAACCCACUAACACCUGUCAAAAUAGUAACAGACUCCACAUAUGUAAUAAAUGGCCUAAAUACCCACCUCGAUGACUGGGAGAAUGCCGGGUGGAUCAAUGUGGCAAACGCCCAAAUAUUCAAAGCAAUAGUGUACCAACUACGCCGACGCUCGGCGCCAACCAGCUUCCAAUGGGUUAAGGGACACAGUCAAAUAACAGGAAAUGAAAAAGCUGACCAACUCGCCCAUAAUGGCGCAUCAAAAACAACCACCGACACCAUAGACACAUACGUGCCAAGGAACUUUGACCUCCAAGGCACGAAACUGUCAAAAAUCAACCAAAAAACAGCGUAUAAUGCGUUAAUGAUAAAAAAACACAUAGACUACAAAAGACCGACCUUAGGCAUGCUAGACAUCACACGAUACGCAGUUGAAACACUGACCACAACACUAGAGACAGAUGAAACGAUAUGGCGAGGAUGCAGAAACAACAAUCUCUCCAAAAAAGUCCAAAUCUUCCUGUAUAAAACGCUAAAUAAUGUCUUCCGAAUCGGGGAGUUCUGGGCACAAAUACCCACUUUCGGGCACCGAGCAAAGAGAAUUUGGGACUUAGCGAAAAACCUCUGGCCAAAUAAACAUAGCCCUUGGCCCGAACCCUCUCUAGGACUCAUCUUAGGGAGCGGCAACAUAUCGCUCCCAAGGAACGCCCAAGCCCAUGACGAAAACGACAAGAAACGCGCCGCGAUAAUAAAAGGGGCAUCACGCCUCCUAAAAAUCCUAAUCUCAGAGUCAGCUUAUCUUAUAUGGGUAGUAAGGCUACAACUGGACCGAGCGACAGCAUGUAAAUCAAAGCGAUCAACCAAAACAACGUCAGAAAUCUACAAUACAUGGGCUGAUGUAAUCGAAAUAAACAAUGACAAAUACAAAACAGGAAAAGACUGGGUGAACGCCCUAGAGGUUUUAGUGGGUAUUAAACUACCCCGGCCCCCGCAGACCGAGGUGUCCAGGUAG